UUUCUCCCUCAUUACCACGCUCGUAUACCAACCCCCCACGGUUACCUUCUCAUUAUUUCGUUCAUUGCUCUCAUGAAUCACACAGCGUCCAUUUUCGCUAAAAGGAAUGGCAACUUGUGGCAACAAUUCGUUGGAUGAGGAUAAUAUGGGGAAAGUCCCAGUUACAUAUCCAAGGGGAUCUAGGUCUUGGGGAUCAAUUUCAGGUGGUCAUGGCCAAUCACUUUCAACCAGUGGUAGUGUAGGUUCUCCAUCCAAUCGAAGUGAACCAGCAACAACCACAGCUGCAACUGAAAGCACAUUUGUUAGGUUAAACCAUCUGGAUUUUCAUGAUGAUGAUGCUGGGUCUCCUGUGCCCUCAGGGGGAAAGAAGAAAAAGCGAGGCAUGAGACCUGUAGGUGCUGAUAAAACUGGGAGGGGACUUCGCCAAUUCAGCCUGAAAGUUUGUGAGAAGGUAGAGAGCAAAGGCAGAACCACCUACAAUGAGGUUGCCGAUGAACUGGUAGCUGAAUUUGCAAAUCCUAGUGCUAAUCUUGGAACUCCGGACCAGCAACAAUAUGAUGAAAAAAAUAUUCGGAGGAGGGUGUACGAUGCCUUAAAUGUUCUCAUGGCAAUGGAUAUUAUAUCAAAGGAUAAGAAAGAGAUACAAUGGAAAGGGUUGCCACGCACCAGCCUGAAUGAUAUGGAAGAGCUAAAGCAAGAACGCAUUGCAAUACGAAGCAGAAUAGAAAGGAAGGCUUCUUAUUUGCAGGAACUAGAUGAACAAAUAGUAGGCCUUCAAAAUUUGGUUCGGAGGAAUGAACAGUUAUAUAGCUCAGGAAGCACUCCUUCAGGUGGAGUGGCCUUACCAUUUAUCUUGGUUCAGACACGGCCCCAUGCUACUGUUGAGGUUGAAAUAUCAGAAGAUAUGCAGCUGGUACACUUGGACUUCAACAGCACACCUUUCGAGCUGCACGAUGAUACUUAUGUUCUCAAGGCAAUGAGAUUCUGUGAGACCCAGCAUGGUGAUGCCGCCCAGGAGGCCACUAGAGUUUCAAAUGGUGGUGAAAGUUCUAGCAUGCAUCAUCAUGGUAUUUAUCCGCAUUUGAUGCCUCAGCCAUCGAGGCCAAGCGCCUCUGGUAGGCUAAUCACAUUACCUCCGGUCCCUGGAAUCCUAAAAGGGCGUGUCAAGCAUGAGCAUCACAUGCAACCUUAGCCCUUGGCCUUGUGUAUAGUAUAUAGUAUAUUUUGUUCUCUUUUUGUAAAAUGUAUGAGUCUUAGAGAUGAUAGCUACAGUUUUUUAGCGGGCUUUUUCCUAACAGAUGUAUGAUUAUGCAAUAUGAUUCAUUUCAACAUGGUUGAUGGAAACUGGUGCUGUUUAGGAAGGCUUGGUUUAAAUUAGAAUAGCCUGAGAUUGGUUGUGACAAUACAAGUGAGCAGCCUAGUUAGAAGAAAGGAGAAAAUGAAACUGGACCAUGUUGGUAAAGGUUUUUGAGUUGCGGCCAUGACUUUUUUCAUAAGGCCUAGGCCUUAUAUAAACUUUUUCUUAUAUUAGAAAACUUGCAAAUUGAUGCCCAAA